AUGAAUGAUCUUAAGUUAACUGAACAACAAGUUGAAGCAUACACAUUGUUCAAGAUUGAAAGUAUCAUGCUGAAGAUAGGGAAAAGUUUGGAAGAUAUAGAUAGAAUGCCCCUGCCUAAUUCGUCUUUUAUAAGAGACUCAGGCACCCUACUAGCUGGACUUCUUGUGAAAACUUCUUUGAUCAUUUGGGAUGAAGCCCCUAUGGCAAAGAAGUUCUACUUUGAAGCUUUGGAUAAGACCUUAAGAGAUAUUCUAAGAACAAGGUUUGAAAAUAGCUCUAACAAACCUUUUGGAGGACUUACAAUAUUUGGAGAUGGUUCAUUAUAUGAUUACAUUGAUAGACAAUUAAUUAAGCUUCCUUAUGAUAUCGCCAUAAAUCCAUCUCAAGAUCCAAUGAAAUCCAUAGUUGAAGUUAUCUACCCAUCACUUUUACAAAAGUACAACGAUCCUACAUAUUUGACAGAAAGAGCAAUACUAACACCAAAAAAUGAAAUGGUCUAUGAACUAAAUGAGAUGAUUAUGAAUAUUAUACUAGGUGAAGGGAGAAUAUACUUUAGCUCAGACAGUAUAUGCAAAGCAAGUGUAAAGAUAAAUGAUGAAGUUCAUUUGUAUCCAGCUGAAUUUUUGCAUGGUUUGAAAUUUAAUGGCAUCCCUAAUCAUGAGAUGUGA